AUUAAAACUUUAAAUUUUAAAUUUAUUAAGUAUCAAAUUACUUCAUUAAAAAAAAAAAAAAAAACCUCUCACCCAAUUUUUCUUCUCCCUCUUUCUUGUUCUCCAUCGCGGCGUUGCUCCUUUCGAUGUUUGCAAAUCUCAUAUUAUUUAUUACCUAAUUCAAACAUAGUUCAAUCUCUCUAUCUCGUUCUCGAUCGCGAUUUCUCCAGGUUAACACAGCUUUAUUCAAACCUUUCAGAUUAACUAAGUUCUCUUAAGAAGAACAGAAAAAAGAAGAUAAUGGGAGAUUAUCACUUUGUGUACAAGGACCUUGAAGGAGCCUCCACUCAAUGGGAUGACAUUCAAGCAAAACUCGGUAAUCUUCCUCCAAAGCCACCCGCUUUCAAACCCCCACCUUUCACUCCUGCUUCUGAUCCCAAUUCCCUUCCCAAAGACAAAUCAUGGAUUGAUUCCAAAACCCAUGAUGAACUUGAAGACCUUGAAGAUGAACUCGACGACGAUCGUUUCCUCCAAGAAUACAGGAAGAAGAGGUUAGCUGAGAUACAGGAGGCAGCUAAAGUUUUGAGGUUUGGAUCAGUGACUCCUAUUUCAGGAUCUGAUUUCAUUCGAGAGGUUUCACAGGCUCCAUCUGAUGUUUGGGUGGUUGUCAUUCUCUAUAAAGACGCAAUUCCUGAAUGUGGGGUGUUGAUGCAAUGCAUUGAAGAACUGGCUGCAAGAUAUCCUGCAACCAAAUUUGUCAAGAUAAUAUCCACUGAUUGCAUUCCCAACUACCCAGAUUGUAAUCUUCCCACUUUGUUGGUGUACAACAAUGGAGCUGUUAAAGGAAACUAUGUGGGUAUGAAUAGGUUUGGGCGAAGAUGCACUCCUGAAGGUGUUGCAUUGGUCCUGUGCCAAUCAGAUCCUGUACUUAAUGAUGGCCAGAGCAGAGAUGAGGAAUCAAGACAAGCCGUCAUUGAUGGAGUUCGCAAGAGGUUUAUAGAGAAAGUUGUCGCUGAUCAUGAAGAGGCUGACGAUGAUUCCUCAAGCGAUUAGCAUGAGGAUGACGAUGAUUCCCAAGUGAUUAGCAUUUUUGCUUGUUUUUUUUUUUGGAUACAUGUUUGUGUUUAAGAGAGAUGUUUCUAUUUGAUGAAGUGAAACAAUACAUUUGUGAGGUUUUGUUUCUUCCACAACUUUGUUCCCCCAAAGAACCCUCUCUCUGUAGUUGGAUAAGGUUGAUUGAUGUAGUAGUACUAGUGGCUUCUAACUUAAGUUAAAAUGUACGAGUUUGAUGUGUGAUUUUCCAUUUGCUGGACCAUAGACUGUAAAUUAAGUUCAGUUUGCAUUCACAUCUUUGCUUUAA